AUGCGGAGGGCGUUGUUUUUGAUCCUGGCGAUCUUCGCCCUCGGGGCGGCGUUCGCCCCCUCGGGCGUGCAGGCCGAGGAGGCCGUCGUGACGCUGACCAAGGGCAACUUCGACGAGGUCGUCAAGGCGAACCCGUUCAUCGUCGUCGAGUUCUACGCUCCGUGGUGCGGCCACUGCAAGCGUCUCGCCCCGGAGUACGAGAAGGCCGCCCAGACCUUGGCCAAGCUCGAGACGCCCAAGGUGACUCUGGCCAAGGUCGACGCGACCCAGGAGUCGGACCUCGCGUCCAAGUUCGGCGUGCGCGGGUACCCGACGCUGAAGAUCUUCCGCGAGGGCAACACGGACGCGCCCGCGGAGUAUGAGGGCCCGCGCGACGCGGACGGCAUCGUGGGCUACCUCAAGAAGCUCGCCGGGCCGGCCCUGACGAAGCACGCGUCGAAGAAGGACCUCGAGGCCGCGAUCAAGGACCUCGACGUCGCCGUCGUCGCCGCGCUCGCCCCGGGCUCGGAGGCGCUGUCGACCGUCGAGGUCAUCGCCAACCAGAUGCGCGCGGACAUGGAGUUCCACACCGUCGAGGCCGCGAAGGACAUGCCGGGCGCGGUGUGCAAGGCCGACGGCACCGUGUGCAAGUCGGCGCCGGCGGUGGCGGUUGUCAAGAAGUACGACGAGCCCGUCGCGGCGUACGGCGGCGACGUGACGGACGCGGCGGAGCUGACGGCGUGGAUCCAGAAGACGACGCAGCCGUCGAUCAUCAUGCUCUCGCGCGACUCGAAGUACCGCCGGCACCUCGAGGCCGCGUUCUCGACGCAGUCGAAGAAGCUGCUGGCGCUGGACAAGGCCGGCGGGUGGAAGGCCAACGGGCCCGUGGUGGCCGCGCUCAAGGCGGUGCAGGAGCAGUUCGCGGACGAGAUCGCCGGCGGCGAGCUGCACGUCCUCGGCGUCGACACGGACGAGAACAACGCGGCGAUGGAGUACUUUGGCAUUGGGAGCGCGGACCUGCCGGCGCUGGUGAUCCACGACGUGAAGCGCGACGCCAAGUACGUGGACCGCAAGGCGAACCUCGGGAAGGCCGCGGAGUGGGUCGACGACGUGCUGUCGGGCCGCGUGAACCGCUUCGUGAAGUCGGAGGAGCCGCCGACGGACAACAGCGGGCCGGUCAAGGUGCUCGUGGCGAAGCAGUUCGACGAGAUCGUGUUCGACUCGGGCAAGGCGGUGCUGGUGGAGUUCUACGCGCCGUGGUGCGGGCACUGCAAGAAGCUCGCGCCGGUGUACGAGGAGGUCGGCAAGCACUUUGCCGACAACGACAGCGUCGUCGUGGCCAAGAUGGACGCGACCGCGAACGACGUGCCCAGCGACAAGUUCGAGGUCAAGGGCUUCCCCACCAUCUACCUCUACGUGCCCCAGAUGGGCGACGCGAUCGAGUACAAGGGCGACCGCUCGGAGGAGGACCUCAUCAAGUUCGUCGAGCUCAACUCCAAGGCGGCCGCCGACGCCGCCGCCAAGGCCGGUCGCGAGGACCUGUAG